GCCCGAGCCCCCCGGGAGGAGUGGAGCGAAGGGGCACAGGAUGGGAGCGGAGCGGCGGGGUCCGGGGCGCGCCUAGGGCGCAGGGAAUCGGUGUCCAGCACCCCUCAGACGCCUUGGCCGCGCUGACCGGCCACCCUUUGGCUGCGGGUGUCUGUGGAUUAAUCCGGGCGGAGGGGCCGCCCUGGCUUCUCCCAGGCUCCACUAGCCUGCGGACCCACAACAAACCCACGUGCGCGCGGCCGCGGGGAACCCCGCUUUCUCCACUGCACCGUCAGCAUGGGAGGGGGAUGCCUUGCAGAGUCCAGAUUCCUUCACAUCUCGCCUGCCGGAUUUACAGACGGAGAAACUGAGGCCCGCGGCGGGGAUGGGGGCACAGGUACCAUAACAAAUGCACGUGCGCCCUGUGCUGGGAGCGUGGCACGCCGCUAGCCCUUAGAAGCCGCCCUGAGCAACCCGGCCAUUGUCUCAGCUGCCGGGGAGGGAGCGGCGCUGGGGGCGUCACUUGCUGGAGGAAGACGACAGACCCGUUUAAAAGGCAGAGUAGAGUGAACUGUGUAGAGAUCUGCAAAGAGCAGCUUAGAGAGAAGCAGUGAAGUCCUGGACUGCAGCUGAAAUGAACUGGUCCACUUGAACCUGCCCAAGCCCUGGGGCAAGGCCUCUGUCCCAGCGCUGAGAUGCUUUUUGAUCAUCCUGAGAAAAAUGAGCCUUGGCCUCCAGACCCAAUAAAGCAAACAUUCCUCCCAUGGGGAAUAGUGCUGGCUCCUGAGGACCUGGAGGGCCUGCAGCCCCAGGGAGAUUAGCCAGAAGCAGGCCUGUUUUCCUGCUCAGGACAGCGUGGCUUCCUUGAACAUGUCUUUCAUUAUGAUUCACACUAACUUGAAGAAAAAAUUCAGCUGCUGUGUGCUGGUCUUUCUCCUGUUUGCAAUCAUCUGUGUAUGGAAGGAAAAGAAGAAAGGGAGUUACUAUGAGUCCCUUAAACUGCAAACCAAGGAAUUCCAGGUGUUGAGGUCUGGUUCCCAGUCUGUGUCUUCAAGCGGCACCCACAACCCCCAGAGGGGCAGCCAGGCCCUCAGUGGUCCCAAGGCCAAGCCGGAGGCUACCUUCCAGGUGUGGAACAAGGACAGCUCCACCAAAAACCUUAUCCCCAGGCUGCAAAAGAUCUGGAAGAAUUAUCUGAGCAUGAACAAGUACAAAGUGUCCUACAAGGGGCCAGGGCCUGGUGUUAAGUUCAGUGCAGAGGCCCUGCUUUGCCACCUUCGGGACCACGUGAACGUUUCAAUGGUAGAGGCCACAGAUUUUCCCUUCAACACCUCUGAAUGGGAGGGUUACCUGCCUAAGGAGAACAUUAGGACCAAGGCUGGGCCGUGGGGCAGGUGUGCUGUCGUCUCAUCAGCGGGAUCUCUGAAGUCCUCCCAACUGGGUCAAGAAAUAGAUGAUCACGAUGCAGUCCUGAGGUUUAAUGGGGCACCCACAGCCAACUUCCAACAAGAUGUGGGCACGAGAACCACCAUUCGCCUGAUGAACUCUCAGUUGGUCACCACAGAAGGGCGCUUCCUCAAAGACAGUUUGUACAAUGAAGGAAUCCUAAUUGUAUGGGACCCGUCUGUUUACCAUUCAGAUAUCCCAAAGUGGUACAAGAAUCCCGACUACAGUUUCUUCGAUAGCUUCAAGAGUUAUCGUAAGCUUCAUCCUGAUCAGCCCUUUUACAUCCUCAAGCCCCAGAUGCCUUGGGAGCUGUGGGACGUCAUUCAAGAAAUCUCCCCCGAGCAGAUUCAGCCAAACCCCCCCUCUUCUGGGAUGCUCGGCAUCAUCAUCAUGAUGACACUGUGCGACCAGGUGGACAUUUACGAGUUUCUUCCAUCCAAGCGCAAGACCGACGUGUGCUACUACUACCAGAAGUUCUUCGACAGCGCCUGCACGAUGGGCGCCUACCACCCGCUCCUCUUCGAGAAGAACAUGGUGAAGCACCUCAACCGGGGCACGGACGACGACAUUUACCUGCUUGGAAAAGCCACGCUGCCUGGCUUCCGGAGCAUUCGCUGCGGAGCGUAAGCUGCCCGGCCAGGCCCCCUCACCCUUCUCCAUCGGGCAUUUUACAGCUGGUCUCCUGGCCACCCUGGGCCCAGGAAGGCUGUUCCUGAAUGAUCACUGCCUGCAGUCCAGGCAGCAAGAACCUUCAGGAAUCCAAGGGCAGGGACCCAGGCCCAGCCUGCCCUUUUGUCAUGGGGGUGUGUGAAUCGAGAGCUUCCCACCACACUCAUGUACACACGCCUAGGAUUCCUUCCAGUCAGAGUCCUCUCUGCCCCUCCCCUGCACAGGUAAAUGCAGGAUCCACCCUUCCCAGCAGGGCUGCCAAAGCUGGGCUGCUUUCCCCACUGGAAUGGUGUUAUUCUUGCAAACCAGUGCUCUGUCACGCUUGAAAUCUACACCUAGACACUGAUUUCAUGUUUUAAACAAACUCUCCCAUAUUAUGAUUGUACCCAUUACAAGGUGCCUCUGAGGGGCAAGUAAGUGUCACAAGGCAUAGGAAACACAGUCAGUUCCUCCAGAACUACUAAGCUGCUCCUAAGGUCCACGCCCUGGGAGAGGCAGUGUUCCUAUCAAUCACUCCGCUGGUCUGGCGGCCCUUGGCCUUGGUGCUGGUGAGCAAAGGGUCUUGAUGUACCCACAGCCCUCUCCAUGUGUGAGGAGAUGAGAGUACAGAAAAGAAGGUACCGUCUCCAUCCUCAAGUUGCUUACAGCUCAGUGCGAGUGACUGAAUGGAUUCGGCGUGCUCAGUGCCCUGGGGGCUUGCCGCGUGGUGGGCUUGCUGUGCUGCCAUCUUUGCACCAGCAGGGGCCACACACUUCCUGUGUCAGUGGGCCAUAGAGGGCUUCAUGGAGCUGGGGGCUGUGGAGUGGAUUUUAGAAGAGGAAGAACAUGUCAAGCAGAUUCUGUCCGAGUCAUCUGAGAUGGGUUUUCCUUUCUGCCUUUAUUACCCAUAUUUAUCCGCUAAGAUCUGCCUGAAUUUACAUGAGCUUCAAGUUAGUUUUUGAGGAAGCCCCUCCCUCAUGUCUGAGGCAGCAAGUGCAGCCCCGUGACAGAUGCCAGGCAAGCCAGAUGCCAAAAGCCCUAUCUCCCCAGGCUCGCCUGCUCUGAGCCUAGCCUACCCGCUGGGCGUGCACACCAUAUCCAGGUCUUCCUGUUGGAUGCCUACCCCCACACCUCCUCCUGCAAUCUUGUUUUUCCCUUUACUCUUCCUCCUCCAAAAUUACUUUUAAGCAUUUUCCACUUUAAAAUACCCUCACCCAUUUUUUUUUUUUUUUUUUGGACAUACACGGGCCUAUUGUGAAAGGUCUCUCAGGGACUGGGAAUGGGGUUUCCUAGGACUUAAAGUAGCUCUCAGAGGUCAGAACCCUGGAGAUCAUGACUGAUUCUCACCAGGUGUAUCAGAUUGCUGUACCCUCCACCCCUCCCUGCAAGGGAGCAACAUCAGAGUCUCCAGGCAGAGGCCUACCCACUGUGGUCUGUCUACUCACUCCCUGGACCAUUGUGCUAAGUCCCCUCCCCCGAUGGGGAGCCACACUGGACUGGACCAGGCUUCUGGACUCCCAAAGCUAGCCCUGUGUGCUCAAGGGCCUCGAAUGUUUGAGCUCCAGACCAGCUGUUUUGGAGCUGGAAUCCUCGUUCGCUGCCAAACCACUGGCUUGAGGAGGCAGUAGAAAGAGCUCUGGAGUGAGAAGCCCUGGGUUUUCAAAGUGAUGUUCCCCUAUUACUCGAUAUGCCACCAUGGGCAAAUUCUCCUCUCUGAGCCUCUGUUUCCACAUCUGUAAAAUGGGUGAUAAGCCUGCUUCACAGGUGCUGUGACGGUUACCUGGCAUAUUGUAGGUGCUCAGUACAUGCUGCAUUCCUCCCUUCCUUUACUAAGGACCUUCUCUGUGCUCACAUCUGGGCAGGACCCUGCUUUGAAGGCCAGAGAGGGGGCCUUGUCCUGAGGGAAGUUAAUGUCCUAUUGGGAGACUACACCUACCCUGCUUAGAACACCCUGGAAACCAUCCGAGGGAGUGGAGGGUGCAGAACGUGCCCCUCCUCCUCCCUGCCUGCAGCUUAGGCCUGAUCUGCUCGGGGAUGGGCAGAGCACUGGGGCCACUGGCUGCUGUGUAACAUGAGUCUUUUCCAUGUCUCUGGGCCCAUGAAUUCCUCACAAUCUCUGAAUCAUGAGCACUGAGUGCAGAGGAAGGUGGCAUUCCAUCAUCAGGAGAGAGAUGUUGGUGUGGACACUAAGACUACACUGGGUAGAUGCUAGCUUUUAGUUGUUGUUAUUAAGGGAUCAAGUUAAUUUCACUCUGUGCUUUCUCUACAUGGAAACUGGUAGAAUGCAAAUAAGAUGUGGAUAUUAUCAUUAGUCUGAUAAGAUGUUUAAUAUUUGUGACAGGUAAUUUAAAAAUUAUGACCGAGUCCUUUAGGAAAGCCACUGUCUCUAAGGUGUUCUGUUUUCUUCAGUAGCCAUCUGUUCAUUCUAUACCAUGAGGUCCUGAAAUCCUUCCAUCAAUCAGAUAAGCUAUUGAUAUUGGUUUGGAGUUGAGACGUCAGUCUCAGAAACUUCUGAAUCAUGACUAAGCUAAUUCUGAAUUACCCAAAGAUUAUGUAAAAUUUUAAAAUAAAUGUUUUUGAAAAAG